GAAAAAAGAUCAUGUUUGCCUCCUUGAUGGCAUCCCUUGUUGUGGGAAUACUGACGACGUGGGUCCCAGAAUUUAUCAGUUUCUGUUUCUCACGAUUCCUGUUGGGAGCUUUCGGAUCUGGGGUUUUCCUGAAUGCGUUCACACUGGGUAUUGAACUGGUGGGACCGUCCAAGAGGAUGUGGACAGGAAUGUUUAUUGAGGUGUUUUGGGCGAUUGGAGAGGCGAUUCUUGUCCUGUUGGCUUACUUCAUCCGGAACUGGCAGUACUUGCAGCUGGCCAUCUCUGUGCCCUCAGUACUCUACAUAUCCUACUGGUGGCUUAUCCCAGAAUCCCCUCGGUGGCUAAUGUCCAAUGGACGUACAGAGGAAGCGGAAAAAAUCAUUCGUCACGCGGCAAAGGUCAAUAAGGUCACAUUGCCAGAUAAGAUCUUUGAGAGUAAGAUCGAAGAUGAAAAAAACGUUCCACAAAUCAAAGUCUACCAGCUGUUUACACACCGAGUCUUACUAGCAAGAUCGCUCAUUAUCUUCUUCAACUGGUGUGUCGUGAGCAUGGUGUAUUACGGCCUCUCUCUGAACAGUGGGUACCUUUACGGGGGCGUGCACCUUAAUUUCUUCCUCUCAGUCGUCGUUGAGUUCAUCGCAUACGCCAUGUGCUUUCCGCUCUUGGACCGGAUUGGACGAAAGGCCCUUCACUCAACGUGUAUGAUCGUUGGGGGCGUGGCUUGUUGCUGUACAAUCUUCACAGUCUUGUAUUUGUCUGAGGAAUACCAACCGGUUACAACGGCUUUGUCGUUGAUAGGAAAACUUGGAGCAUCAGCAGCAUUUGCUAUCAUCUACAUCUUCUCAUCGGAACUUUUCCCCACUGUUGUUCGGAAUGGCGGCAUGGGUGUCAGCUCGAUGAGCGCCCGUGUCGGCAGUAUGGCAUCCCCGUACAUCGCUGACUUGGGCCAGCUUGCUGGAGGUAACUUCGGGGUCGCCUUACCGCUCAUUAUCUUCGGGGGUCUCUCCGUGUUAGCUGGCGUAGCCUCGUUAUGGUUACCGGAAACUCUGAACCGGAAGCUGCCGGAAACCAUCCAAGAUGCGAUUGAUUUUAAGAAUCAAAAGCCAGAAGGCCACGCGGACAAGCAGCGAAUGGGAAAAGCGAAAGUCGUGGGAAUCAGCGCUCGCAAACUGGACUUCGACAAUCCAGCUCUUGAGGGAGACGAUGUCCUGUAACCGGCGGGGAUUUACCAAUGUCUGGCUGAAUUCAAAUGCAGCAAUUGUUAUGUUAUGAUGUCAUCUAAUACAGUAUAUAGACUAACUCGGCUAACUUAUCAGAAUGUAUAGGCUGAGGAGAUCUUAGUGAGGCCUGAUACCCCAGGUUUACUUUUAUCUCACAAAAUCUCGGCUACAGCUGUUUAUAUAUAUAUUUAGAGUGGUGCUUUAAAGUGCGCACAAUUAUGCGUCAUAUAACGAUUAAGUAGCCUGGUUUUUAUAUGGGAAACCUAGAGCGCCUAAACAGAAACAAAUUAGAACCACAAUGUAGUCCUUCACCAGAAAGCGAAUUGCCAUGCAGUUCUACUGUGAACUCAUCGUAGCCAGAAUAAUGCCAUUGAGUCGUUGUGCCAUCAGAUAGACCUGCUUGACCACUGCCGGGAAUCUGGAAAUGUUCAUCGUGCAAAAUAAUCAGUUACAUGUAUCUAAUAUGAUCAUGGAUGGGUCUGACUGCACGAGUUCGGACCCGAACACUUUAGAUUAAAGAACCCAGUUCCGACAGAAACACUGAAUUCUUCGAAUAAUCAGACCUGACACAAUGGUUCAGAACGAUUCAUGAUGUAACACGCCAUUUUAUGGAUACAACCAAUGUGUUUGGUGUUUUUCGUGAAAUUUUUCCUGAUGUGACGCCAACAUUUUCCUGACGUAUCAUUGGAUGAGGCAGAUGUGGCGUUAGGCAAAACAAGUUCGCUUGAACAAAUAUCAGAAAUGUGGGUACGGUGUUAUUUGCUGCUCUACUUCAGCGAUAUGGUCCGACUGAAGUGGAAGGGGUAAAAACUUUGAAUCUCUAAAGUCAUCUAAGAGGUGCCAAAAAGGCAUUAAAGGUCUCCCAACGUUCUGUUAUUCAGGAAAUCAAUCCAGAUUAUCUCGAUCCUUAUAUUUCAUUUUCGUUUCUUUUAACGGUCCAUAGUUUUGGAACUGGUAAGAAUCUUUGAGAUUGUUUUCCUAAAUCCGGGAUAUCUCAGCCGCGGAAGCGGGAAUAAUGUACAUAUGUAUGUAGCCGGUGAUGUAUAACUCUCGUAUCAUUUGUGACGCACGCCUGAAGUUUCACUUGGCUGAAAACGCCGUCAGAUGUCAUUGCCAAACUGAUAUUCGUUUUCAGUUUUCCUUUGUUACUCAUGUUUCAUUCCGCGAUAUGUUUAGAGCUGCAGCUUUUUCAUACUCAAUUGACUUGUAUUUAUGCUUGAAUGAUGAGUAUCUCUAUCAUGAUGAGUAUCCCAAUCCCAAUCAUGAUGAGUAUCCCAAUCCCAAUCAUGAUGGGUAUCCCAAUCAUGAUGAGUAUCCCAAUCCCAAUCAUGAUGCGUAUCCCAAUCCCAAUCAUGAUGAGUAUCCCAAUCCCAAUCAUGAUGAGUAUCCCAAUCCCAAUCACGAUGAGUAUCCCAAUCCCAAUCACGAUAAGAGUAUCCCAAUCACAAUCAUGAUGAGUAUCCCAAUCCCAAUCACGAUAAGAGUAUCCCAAUCCCAAUCUUGAUGAAUAUCCCAAUCCCAAUCACGAUGAGUAUCCCAAUCCCAAUCAUGACGCGUAUCCCUGUCCCAAUCAUAAUGGGUAUCCCAAUCCCAAUCAUGAUGAGUAUCCCAAUCCCAAUCACGAUGAGUAUCCCAAUCCCAAUCAUGAUGGGUAUCCCAAUCCCAAUCAUGAUGGGUAUCCCAAUCCCAAUCACGAUGAGUAUCCCAAUCCCAAUCAUGAUGCGUAUCCCAGUCCCAAUCAUGAUGAGUAUCCCAAUCCCAAUCAUGAUGAGUAUCCCAAUCCCAAUCAUGAUGAGUAUCCCAAUCCCAAUCACGAUGAGUAUCCCAAUCCCAAUCAUGAUGAAUAUCCCAAUCCCAAUCACGAUGAG